AUGGCGUAUGCAGCAUGCGCUUAUCUUCGAGCUAGUUGUACGGAUGGUUCCGUGCAGGUUAACUUAUUAGCCGCCCGCAGUCGAGUCACACCUGUUAAGCCGCUAACAAUUCCGAGAGUUGAGUUAUCCGGAGCCCUGCUGUGUACACAAUUAGCCGAUUGGAUUGUCAAUCAACUUCAAGCAUCACAUCACACCAUAUCCGUACACUACUGGUCGGAUGCAAUGAUAGUGCUGUAUUGGAUCAACGGCUUUGUUCGCACUGGUGCGGAUGGUUUAACAAGAAGUCUAUUCGGAAGAAUUAUCAAGACUACGAUCCAACAAAUUUCUAUCCAAACACAACAAACUCAGCCAGCUAUCACCGUUUCUCGACGAUGA